AUGCGUGAUGACAGAGAGGGGCACCGGAUUAUUAUUAUCGUCCCCACGUGCACCAACGGCCGCCAUGAACCAUUUCCAUACGACAGCUGUCACGACCUCGACCCUCGUGGGCCGGGCGGGCCCACCGUCCAGCUUGGCCCUGAGCUUGGAUAUUGCCACGUCAUUGAACGCGUAGCGUCUGAUGACGGGCUUCCCGACCUUGAAAUACUUCUUCACGACGGUGUACACGUGGGAGUCCCUCUUCAUGGCCGGGUUGUGUGGGAAAAAGGAAUUGAAGUCGAAGAUCGGACCGGGCCGCAAGGCCCGCGGGUCGCGGUGCCCAUCGGCCAGCUUGUGGUGGAAAAGGGCGCCAAUCACGAUGCCUCCGCACUCAUAAUGGUUGACUUGGAACAUGGCUACCUCGGAACCCAGGCCGGGAUCGUCCAAGUUGAGCUGGCCCGGGAGGUGGGCCCGAUCGGCCGAAAGCUCGGGAUUUCUGAGGAAAUUUGUGAGGUUUUUGUGGAAUUUGGUUACGACGAAGGGGACGCCCUCGUCGUUGCAGUCGAUGGAGAACUGGUCUCGGAUCCUUCCGGCUAA